AUUGGCGACAUCAGAGCCAAGGAGAGUGUGGGCCUGGCGGGUGGCUCAGCUGGUUAGAGCAUCGUGGGGACCCACCUAGGAUGCGUGUUUGAUCCCCAUUCAGGGCACAUGCAAGAAUCAACCAGUGAUGCAUCAUUAAGUGGAACAACAAGCCAUGUUUCUCUCUCUCUCUAAAGGUCCCAGGGCAGUGGCAGAAAUGCUUAUGGACCCUACACAGGGCCAUGUGGUCUUUGAGGACGUGGCCAUCCAUUUCUCCCAGGAGGAGUGGGGGCUCCUUGAUGAGGCUCAGAGACGCCUGUACCACAAUGUGAUGCUGGAGAACUUUGCACUUUUGUCCUCUGUAGGUAGUUGGCAUGGAGCCCAGGAUGAGCAGGCACCUGUGGAGCAAGGUGAUUCUAUUGGAGACUCACAGAUCAGGACUCCAAAGCCAGAUCUUUCCACCCAGAAGGCCAAAUCCUAUGAGAUGCAAGAUAUUUUGCAACUGGCCGAGCACAAUGGGAUGUACCGUGAUCAAGGCCUACACAUUUGUGGGACAGAUCUUUACCAGCAGCAAAUGGAGCAGAUUGGAGACAAAGUCUCCAGAAGGGAUGAAGGGAGGCCUUCAUCUGUGAUAAAUGGCAGUGUUCACAUGACAGAGAGGAUCUUAGCAUGCAGCGAAGAUGGGAAGGACUUCCCAGCUAGCACAGGACUCCUCCAGCACCUGGCUCCUCACAGUGGGUGGAAGCCACAUGGGGACACCGAGUGCAGAGAGGCCUUUGGAAAUAGACAGAAUGAUUACAAGUGCUCUCAGUGUGGGAAAGGCUUCAGCAGAAAACAGAUACUUGUGCAGCACCAGAAAAUCCACACUGGAGUAAGGCCUUAUGAGUGCAGCAAAUGUGGGAUGGCCUUCAUUAGGAAGUUCCACCUUGCUCAGCACCAAAGAGUCCACACUGGAGAAAAACCUUUUAAGUGCAGUGAAUGUGGCAAAUUUUUUAGGUACAAGUCCACACUCAUUGGUCACCAGAGAGUCCACACUGGAUCAAGCCCUUACGAGUGUAGCAAAUGUGGGGAAUUCUUUAAGUAUAAAGCCAAUUUCAUGAAACAUCAGAGAAUUCACGAUGGAGAAUGGCCUUAUGAGUGCAGAGAAUGUGGAAAAUUCUUUAGGUACAACUACAGACUGAUAAGACAUGAGAGAGUUCACACUGGAGAAAGGCCUUAUGAAUGCAGUGAGUGUGGGAAAUUUUUCAGGUACAGCUCCACAUUCAUUAGACACCAGAGAGUUCACACCACAGAAAAGCCUUAUGGUUGCAGCGAAUGUGGCAAGUUCUUUCGGUACAACUCCACACUCAUCAAACAUCAGAGAGUCCACACUGGAGAAAGGCCUUAUGAGUGCAGUGAAUGUGGGAAGUUCUUUAGGUACACUUCCACACUCAUUAGACAUCAGAGAGUUCACACUGUCGAAAGGCCUUAUGAGUGCAGCUUAUGUGGGGAAUUCUUUAGGUACAAGUCCAAGCUCAUUAAACAUUGGCAAAAUCACACUGGAGCAAGGCCUUACGAGUGCAGCGAAUGUGGGAAAGCCUUUAGGUACCACUGCAGACUCAUUAGACAUAAGAGAGUCCACACUGGAGAAAGGCCAUAUGAAUGCAGUGAGUGUGGGAAAUUCUUUCGAUACAACUCCAACCUCAUUAAACAUUGGAGAAAUCACACUGGAGAGAGGCCUUAUGAGUGCAGCGAAUGCGGGAAAGCCUUUAGCCACAGACAUAUACUUGUUGAGCAUCAAAAAAUCCAUACUGGAGAGAGGCCUUAUGAGUGCAGCAAAUGUCAGAAGGCCUUCAUUAGAAAGUCCCACCUUGUUCAUCACCAGAAAAUCCACAAUCAAGCCAGGUCUGUGAGCACCGUGAAUGUGGGGAACUCCUCAGCUACAACUCCAUCUUCAUUAAAUAGAAUUCACACUGGCAAAGACCUUGUGAGUGCAGAGAAUAUGGUAAAUCUUUUAGGUAGCACUCUAAACUCAUUACACUGGAGAAGCACCACUUUAUGAGUUCAUAUUGGAUUAGGGCCUUCUGAGUACAACAAGAACAUCUUUAGGUGCAACUCCAGCCCCAUAACACAUCAGAGAUUUCACAAUGGAGAAAGACGGUAUGAGUGCAGUGAAUAUGGGUAUUUGUUCAACUAAAGUUCCAACCACAUUCUGGCACCAAAAGUUCAUGCCAGGGAGAAUAUUGCAGAUGGUGAAAAACUUUGGCCAAAUAUCUGCUUUAAUUUAUCCCCAGGAACUACUGUUAAAUAGUUUGUUCUUCUUUAACAUUUUUAAAAUUGUGGUAAAAUACAUGAAACAAAGUUUACCCUCUAGCAUUUUAAUUGUACAGUUUAGUCAUGUUAAAAAGUCACAUAUUUGUGCAACUAAUCUCCAGCAUUUUUUUUCUUGCAAAACUGCAACACAAAGUUUGUACUCAUUGAACAACGCCUCCUACCCUGGCCCUAUUGCACUAGGCAACCACAUUUUACUUUCUGUCUCUGAAUUUGACUACUCUAGAUACUUCAUCUAAGUGGAAUCAUACAGUAUUUGUGUUCUUGUGAGUGGCUUAUUUUGCUUAGCAUGAUUUCCCUACGUUGAAGCACUUGUCAACAUUUUUUUCUAUUUUUAGAAGGAAUUGGGGUUGAUCCACCUAAGACAUGGGGAAUGGUGCUUGAUGGAGUCAGUACAGCAUUGCCAGAUGUUAUGAUAUUUUGAGAGGAAGAGGAGAUAUAGAUUUUAUAUGAAAUCUUACCUGCUUUAUUGAUACAUUGACAUAAGUUGUAUUUAUUAAUAGUUAAAAUGUAUUUUCAUAGUAUGUGUGCACAAUGGGACCGUCACCAAAGUCAUGAAAAUGAAUAUAUCCAUUGCCCUAUAGUGUUUUUUAAAAUUGAUUUUUUGGGAGAGCGAAACAUGUAUUUUUGUUGUUCCACUUAUGUAUGUGCCC